UGCGCCUGGGCGGCCGCUGAGCGCCCAGCCUGCGCCAAGAUGACGGUGGAAUUCGAGGAGUGCAUCAAGGACUCGCCCCGGUUCCGGGCGACGAUAGAUGAGGUGGAAACAGAUGUUGUGGAAAUAGAAGCCAAGCUUGACAAGCUGGUGAAGCUAUGCAGCAAUAUGAUAGAUGCCGGCAAGGCCUACAUCAUCACAAACAAGCAUUUUGUCGGCGGAGUCCGGGACCUCUCCCAGCAAUGCAAGAAAGACGAAAUGAUCUCGGAAUGCCUGGAGAAGUUUGGAGACAGCCUCCAGGAGAUGGUUAACUACCACAUGAUCCUUUUCGACCAAGCGCAGAGGUCCGUCCGGCAACAGCUGCACAAUUUUGUGAAAGAUGACGUCCGGAAAUUCAAGGAGACCAAGAAGCAGUUUGAUAAGGUGAGAGAGGACAUGGAAAUUGCCCUGGUCAAGAACGCCCAGGCGCCGCGCCACAAACCCCACGAAGUGGAAGAGGCCACUGGCACUUUGACAAUCACCAGGAAAUGCUUCCGACACCUGGCCCUGGACUAUGUCUUGCAGAUCAACGUUCUCCAGGCCAAGAAGAAAUUUGAAAUCCUGGACGCGAUGCUUUCCUUUAUGCAUGCCCAGUAUACCUUUUUCCAGCAAGGUUACAGCCUCCUCCAUGAACUGGACCCCUAUAUGAAGAAACUGGCUACCGAGCUGGACCAGCUGGUGAUUGACUCUGCAGUGGAGAAGCGGGAAAUGGAGCACAAGCAUGCCCUUAUCCAGCAACGGACCCUUUUGCAGGAUUUUUCCUACGAUGACUCCAAAGUGGAAUUCAAUGUCGACGCCCCCAACGGGGUGGUGAUGGAAGGCUACCUCUUCAAGAGAGCAAGCAACGCUUUCAAAACCUGGAACCGGAGGUGGUUCUCCAUACAGAACAGCCAGCUGGUGUACCAGAAGAAGCUAAAGGACGUCCUCACGGUGGUGGUGGAAGACCUCAGACUUUGUACUGUGAAGCCCUGUGAAGAUAUAGAGAGGAGGUUUUGCUUUGAAGUCGUCUCACCCACCAAGAGUUGCAUGUUGCAAGCAGAUUCGGAGAAACUGCGCCAGGCCUGGAUCCAGGCGGUCCAAGCUAGCAUCGCUUCUGCAUACAGAGAGAGUCCCGACAGCUGCUAUAUUGAGAGGUUGGACCGAACCGCCUCUCCUUCCACCAGCAGCAUCGACUCAGCGACCGACUCACGGGACCGGAGCUCCAAGGGGGAGACCAUUCUGCAGAGGGUUCAGAGCAUCCCCGGCAAUGACCAGUGUUGCGACUGCGGGCAGGCCGACCCCCGGUGGGCCAGCAUCAACUUGGGCAUCUUACUAUGCAUCGAAUGCUCAGGGAUACACAGGAGUCUGGGAGUCCAUUGCUCUAAAGUGCGGUCCCUCACGCUGGAUUCCUGGGAGCCGGAAUUACUGAAGCUGAUGUGCGAGCUGGGGAAUGCCACCAUGAAUCAGAUUUACGAGGCACAGUGUGAAGAGCUGGGACUCAAGAAGCCCACUGCUGGCAGCUCAAGGCAAGACAAAGAAGCUUGGAUUAAAGUCAAAUACGUCGAGAAGAAGUUCCUGAAGAAGCUGCCCAGCGCGGAGACCCUGGCCGAGAACGAGAGGAAGCCCCGGCGCUGGAGCGUGAAGAAGUGCCAGAGGCGCAACAGCUCCACGAAAGCCCCCACCGCCCGUAGGAAGUACCGGCACGAGGCAGGAAAUGCAUCGCCCGCUGCGCACUCUUCAGCUGCUACCCUGGAAAGAAAGUUUCGCCGAGACUCCCUUUUCUGCCCCGACGAGCUGGACUCCCUUUUCUCAUACUUCGACACCGGCGCUGGAUCUGGGCCACGCAGUGGCAACCACAUCUCUAUGCAGCAACCCCUGGCAGCCGGCCCCUGGAGUGACAGUGGCAAUGGUCCCGGUAGGAGCGGUUCACCGUUCCUCCUGGACGGAGGUCUGAGCAGCGACAGCGGGCUUGGCGGCAGCACUGACGGAAGCACCGACGUCCUUGUGUUCGGCUCAGUAGUGGACAGUGUCACGGAAGAAGAAUGCGAGGUAUCGGAAGAGUCCAGCGGAGAAGCUGAAAUAGAGCAAGAGGCCUCCGACUUGGAGGAUCUGCGGGAGCUGCACCCCGGCUUACUGGUUUACAAGGCAGCACGGGCCAGGAAUUUGCCCGUCAUGGCAGAGGCACUGGCCCACGGCGCGGACGUCAACUGGGUGAACGAUGAAGAUGAGAACAAAACCCCGUUAAUCCAAGCUGUAAUGGGGGGCUCCUUGAUCGCUUGCGAAUUCUUGCUCCAGAAUGGAGCGGAUGUUAACCAAAGAGAUAUCCGAGGGCGUGCACCUCUGCACCACGCAACGUAUUUGGGCCACACUGGCCAGGUGUGCUUGUUCCUAAAGCGAGGAGCCAAUCAGCACGCAGUCGACGAGGAUGGGCAGGACCCUCUCAGCAUUGCAGUCCAGGCCGCCAAUGCGGACAUUGUUACCUUAUUGCGUCUGGCUCGAAUGAACGAAGAGAUGCGUGAAGCCGAGGGUCCCUUUGGUCAUCCAGGUCAAUAUCCCAACAACAGCCCCACAGAGCUCCAGUACCGAAAGUGUAUACAGGAGUUCAUCAGCCUUAACAUAGAUGAGUGUUAGUGACGACUCCCGCAACCCUGCUGCCAACUCUUCUUCCUCUUUUGGGUCGAAAUUUAAGGAUACCGACCGAGCCCAGGA